AUGCUUACAUAUGGUGUCACGGCUGAUUUUAUGGAUGAAUAUUUGAAGAUAGGAGAGACUACUGCAUUAAGAAGCCUAAAGAUGUCUGUCAAAACUGUUGUCUCAAUUUUUUCUGAAGAGUACUUAAGAAAACCCAACAAUAAUGACAUUGUUAGAUUACUCGCAGUUGAUGAGAAACGUGGAUUUCCAGAAGCAGUGGCUUCUUACAAUCUAUGGAUUUGGCAUGCCUUUUUUGGGUUACCGGGAUCUCAUAAUGAUAUAAAUGUGCUUGAUAGAUCAUUUAUAUUUUCUGACCUUGCUCAAGGGCGUACUCCGACUAUUAAUUACACUAUUAAUGGUCAUAACUAUGCAAUGGGGUACUAUCUUGCUGAUGGCAUUUAUCCGCAAUGGGCAACAUUUGUUAAAACUAUCUCAGCUCCACAAGGAAACAAGAAAAAAUAUUUUGCUGCAGCCCAAGAGUCUGCAAGAAAGGAUGUGGAGCGUGCUUUUAGGAUGCUUCAAGCACGAUUUUCUAUAAUUAGUGGACCUGCACGAUUUUUCCACAUUGAAACACUCAAUGAAAUUAUGAUGGCAUGCAUAAUUUUACAUAAUAUGAUUAUUGAAAAUGAACGGGCUGACAAUAGAGAAGAAGAGUUUGAAUAUGAACAGUUGCCAGAAACUACACACGAUCCAGUGUCAACCGGCCCUACACCUGAAUUUAGCGAAUUCAUUCAACGUCAUCAUGCUCUUAGGGAUAGAAGAAUCCAUUCUCAACUCCAAACAGAUCUCGUCAAGCACUUAUGGCAACAAUAUAGUGCCGCAUAA